CAUGUGUAGGCAGCAGCGAGGAUCUUUAUUUGGCGACCGGAGCGGCAGCGGGUAGGACAGAUAUACACAGAGAGGGGAUCCCCGGGAUACUUUUACACACAAAUACCGGCUUAAAUAACAACAUCUAUACGCGUGAAGACACCUCAGACGAAUAUUAAGAGCUUCAUCUGCUCGGUGAGAUGAUGUCGGAAGAAGCUGUGCGUCUGACGCGCAGUCAAAAGCGGGCGCUGGAGCGAGAUUCUCCCGCCGUGGACACCAAUGUAAAAAGGGUCAAACUGGAAAGUGUGGAUGCAUUGAAGACCAAAAGCGAACAGGCCAACAAGGUGGCCAACAUCCUGAGGGCCGGGGAGGUAAAGGCUACCAUCAAGGUAGAGGUGCAGACCAGUGAUGUGCCUGUGGACAUGAGCACGUCUAAGAGUGACAUAAAGCAAGAGAGACCUCUGACACCAGAUGAUGUCAUUGUUCUGUCGGACAAUGAGCCUUCUAGUCCUUGCAUGAAUGGGGUCAGCCACAGUUUUAAGAAGAUGGAUACUGAGAUGCUAAUGAAGAGCUGUCCGUCUGAGCGUGAGCGCAUCAUCAAGCAGCUGCAAGAAGAACUGCGUCUGCAGGAGGCCAAACUCGUCCUGCUGAAGAAACUUCGGCAAAGUCAGACCCAAAAAGAUGCCAUACAAAAGUCAACCAAUUCUGUAGCUGCUCCUCCACCUCUUGUCAGAGGCAGCAUCUCAUCCACUAAAGGACCCCUUCAGGUCUCCAACCGAAACUCAGGGACAGUCAUUCCUCCUCCUUUGGUUCGAGGUGGAGUGCAGGGCUGCAAGCACGGCUCCCAUAAUGCAGUAGUUAUGCCACCCUUAGUCAGAGGCUCACAGCCAAUUGCAGUGACCCCGCAGCAAAUUGCUACACUGAGGCAGCGUCAGCAACAGCAGUCUGGUUCUGGUCCUCCUCCUCUUCUGUUGGGCCCACGGACCUCUGUUCCCAGCGCGCAGGUGCAGGGCCAGAGGAUCAUCCAGCAGGGCUUGAUCCGUGUAACCAAUGCCAGCGUCCUUGUCCCACAGGCAUCAUCAACUGGUUUGAAAACUUCCUCCCAAUCUGGUCUGGGCACCAGCACCUCCACUGUCAAUGCCAAUGACUCUCCUGCCAGCCGUCAGGCUGCUGCCAAGCUUGCAUUACGGAAACAGUUGGAGAAAACCCUCCUUGAGAUCCCUCCACCUAAACCACCAGCACCAGCGCUUAAUUUCCUGCCCUCUGCAGCCAAUAAUGAGUUCAUUUACCUGGUGGGGCUGGAGAAGGUUGUCCAGAACCUUCUAGAUUCACUGGCUAAAAGUAAGCAGCCACAGGCUGAGUCUUUGUCCACCCCGGCAACCAAGGAACCUUUCACGUGUGCCCAGUGCAAGACAGACUUCACCUCUCGCUGGAGACAAGAAAAGAGCAACGGCACCAUCUUGUGUGAGCAGUGCAUGAGCUCCAACCAGAAGAAAGCACUGAAGGCGGAGCAUACCAGCCGUCUGAAGGCUGCCUUUGUCAAAGCCCUGCAGCAGGAGCAGGAGAUCGAGCAACACAUUAUGCAGCAGGCCGCCUCACCUGUUUCCAAGUCCACCACCACCUCAUCUUCACCGGUGAUUAAAUCAGAUCACAUGCUGGUUUCGCAGCAGUAUAAGCAAGUUCGUACAUCUCUGACCCAGCAGCAGAGCAACAGGGGAACAUCGGUUGGUCGCUACCACACCACAACCAUCAAGCAGAACCAAGGGCAGCUGUCACACAGCGUACAGCAGGCUGUGAACGCGAGCACACGCGGUGUGAGCCACAGCUUCACCACAUCAUCUCAGCUUCAGAAUGCCGUCACGGCUGCCGCGCUGGUCAGUAGGCCAGGUAAGCAUGCCAUGAGGGCGGGGGACAAGGGCACCAGCAGCAGCAACCCCACCAUGAAUACCUGGAGGAAACAGAACAGCGGGACAGCAGGUGUCACCAUGGCUUAUGUCAACCCCAGCCUCUCUGUGCACAGGACAACGUCUCCGGUGGACCGUCAACGAGAGUACCUCUUGGACAUGAUCCCUUCCCGCACCAUUUCCCAAACAGCAAACACAUGGAAAUAGUGCCCCAUUCCACUGAUAAAAUUAUCCUAAUAUUUCUCAUAAUUAUAAUCCUUACUUUGGACAUUUGGUUGGAUUUUAACAUCAGAGAACCAGCCAUUAAGCAAUAAUACAAUUCAAAAUAUAUAUUUUCACUCAAUUUCUCCUUUGUUCUGAGACGCUUUGUUGUACAGUCUGAGAUGAGACAUCCCUAUAGGCUAAUAAGUGUGUCCUAGAGGAGAACUGUACCGGAAUCAGUGAUAAAGGAGACACGAGGACCAUUUGUAUAGGCCUUUUGUAUCUAUCUGCUGAAUCCCUCCAGUACCCAUUGGGCUUUAGUAAUACACAUGCAACUCCCAAUUGUAAUGGCUCUUCAAGUGGAGAAAUGGCUUUAUGAAGUACAGCCUCUGUUCAGAGUUCCAGAGAUUAAUGGACACAUUUACCCACAGGAAGUGGAGGGAAUGUGACUAGACUUCCUGCAUAAUGCCAGGGAUUGUGCUUGGAUCAUUUGUGGACCCCAUCUAUAUGAUUUCUUGAGCUGUGAAAAGCUUAAAGGGAUCAUUGACCUAAAAGUGAAUAUUUUGUCAUGUUUUACUCGCCUCCACAACUUUCAUUUUUGGGUGAACUAUCCCUCACAAGGGAUUUGGGAGUGUAUGUAUAUGUAUUUGAUGUAAACAAUUUUUUUUUUCUUAGCUUAACUGUGGACUCAUUCUACCCGUUUUUUGAAAUUGCCUUUUUUUAAAGGCUUCAAGUUUAAAAGGUUUUGUUAUACUGUUGAGGUGGUUAUACAUCUGCUGGUGUAGUGUGUAUUCUUGAAUACUUUGGGUUGUUUUUUUUUUUGUAAGCUUAUAAAAAGACAUUUAACCAAGAAUUGCAUAUCAGGGAUGGUUACAUAGAUGGACUUAAAUAACAAAAGCAGCAGCCACAACAGAACUACUAGACCUAUAACAUUUAUUGAUAUCAGGUGAGCCUGAUUGUAGCUCAGUUAUUACAGGAACAAUGCGUAGAUCUGAUAUUGCAUUACGUUUUUAUUAUCCUUGUGAUGUGAUCCCUUGCCCCAGGCUUUCUUAUAACAGCAUCUAAUAUUUGGAUGUUGUGUUAUUUAUAAAUGUCACUUUAGAUGAAGGAUAUAACAUUAGCCCAAGUUUAAUGAAUUUCUAUACCCGUGAUUUCUCCCAAAGUAGUUUCAAAGGGUUAAGAAUUUAAUAUUGGACUGUAUUUAGAGUGUUUAAAUGCAAAUUUUGCUAGUUCAUGUUCUAGCUACCAUUUUAGAUCCUGUUUGAAGUUGUGCGGACUAGCACAGCUUAAUUGUUCCUUAAAGGAAAUGUUGUGUAUAAAAGCACGACUGCUUAUUGAAUGUAGCACACAAUCUUGAGUAAAUAGCUUAAUCAAAGUCCUUACCUACCCGUUAGGUGGUGGUCACAUUAUUUUGCCAUCUCUUAUUUUCCUUUCAUCUGAUUUGAUUUGCAAGCAGUAUGCUUGGUAUUUUCGCCUAACAGUUGUUCUUUUUUAUUAUUUUUAUUUUAGUCAUUGCAGUCCAACGAAAAUGUCGAUUAAGUUAUGCUUGCGGCAGUUCACUUUAAUUCUUUUAAGAUGAUCUGUUCAAUGAUCUUGAACAUCUGUGGAGUGUUUCGGACGUGGAGGCCCCUGUUUCAGACUGCUGUUGACAACUAACACCAUUCCAUUUUCCUGGGAUGCUCUCAUUGUUUUUUGCAUCACAUCCCUUUUAUGAACAGUUAAAAAAAACAGUUUCUUUUUCAUCUGUUUCUGCUUUAUCAGUUAAUAAUUAUAAUAAAACUAAUUUUAACCUGUUUUGUCUGUUGUG